AAAAACGCACUAACACAAGCGCGUGCCAACGAUGUGCGUUGAUGUGCAACGGUGCACGAAUCGCGGCGGUGGUAGUAGUAGCGGAGAUAGCGGUGCGUAACGUGUGCGAGCAAGACAAAACGCGUGCCGAUUAGCAGUAAGCACAACGAAGAGAAGAAGCGUGGAAAAACGCUAGCGGUGCGUGUGCGCCCGCGGUGCCGUACCGUGCGAGAAGCGAGAAGGGCCGCGCUCGCCGAGGAGUGUCGGAGUGAGUGUUUGGUUAGAUCUCUGCUGCAUGACACAUUCCCAGCCCCGCAAUCCCGCAAUUUCCGUCGACCACUCUUCCGCUCGCACCGGAGUGUCACCCAAAAGCAAACGAAUCUCACGCAGACGCUGCCGCCCGAUCACGAGCAUCACGCGAAACCGCGCCGCUAAUUGUUCAGUGCAAAUAAACUCGACAAACAAGUGUUGUUGCCUGUGAUACAUCGUAGAAAAAACACACAACUAACAAGAAACUCGCGCACCACGAGCAGCGGGCAGUGUGUAUAGUAAUCUUUGCACUCGCAGUGUUUUGUUUUCCUCACUUUGCAAUAAUGGCUAACCGCGACGAUUAUCUAACGGACUAUCGGCAGUUUUUCGAACAUUUCGCAAAGACCGUCAACCCCAACGAGCAGUUACCUGUGAAGCUGGCGAGUUACAAGCUGAUCAACGUCGAAGUCGUCGGCGGGAUCAUCGAUUGGACCACGCAAUAUCUCACCGAAAAAAAAUGCCCAAAAAGUUUGCUCAGUCCUUUAAUCAAGAUUAUUAUCGAAGAAGUUCGCACCAACUGCAAAAAGGAUCCAAUCGCGUGCGGAUUCAACACAUCAGAAAAUGCCUACGAACCGCUAAAGCUUAUGCAAUCGGUGAUACUACAAGUCAACGAAAUAUGUCUCAGGUAUUUGGACAACAGUAUGCUGUGCUCGCUGCCGUCCCCGGGUCCUCCCUACAAUUUGGUCAGUUACCAUGCGGUGCGGAACAGCCGUCGCCGCAUGGAAGAUAGGCACGUCAUUGUGCAUGAUUUGAACACUAUUUUUAACAAAAGUGAGGUUAGUCCGUCCAGUUACUAUGCAAUCUUUGACGGUCAUGGCGGACAAGAUGCCGCCGCCUACAGCGCCGCUCACCUUCAUCAAUACCUCGCCGAAAGCAAAUCCUUCGCCGGUCAGCCGGACGAUGCCUUAACAGAAGCCUUUUGCCGGACGGACCUUUUGUUCAUCGAGAAAUGUAAAGUCGAAAACUUUUCCGGUGGCUCGACGGCGUUAUGUGCGCUACUGCGUCCGAAAGAGAAAAGUUUGUUUGUCGCAUGGGUUGGGGACUCGCAAGCGAUCUUGGCAAGACAAGGGCUGGUCGAACAAUGUGUGCGCCCUCACAAGCCAGAUCGCGAGGACGAGCGCAAGCGGAUCGAAGCCGAAGGCGGCAGUGUCAUUUACUGGGGUACAUGGCGUGUCAAUGGACAAUUGGCCGUUUCACGAGCAAUCGGCGAUUCAGAAUACAAACCCUUUAUUAAUGCGAUACCGGACGUGCGUGAAUACGCUCUGGAUGGCACCGAAGACUUCCUUGUUUUGGCCUGUGACGGAUUAUGGGACGUUUUGAGGGAUGAUGAUGCCGCCCUCAUCGUGUACAAUGCCAUCUAUGAAAAUCCAGAUAUUGUAGCGGAUACGAUCGCACGCCGCUUGGUCCAGGAGUCCAAGGAGAAGGGCUCCACCGAUAACAUAUCGGUGAUUGUGGUGUUCCUCAAGGAACCGGCGAAGAUUGCAGCGGAACCGCGUUGGGAGAUUCGGCUCGUCGACGAGAGGAUGGAGGCCGGCUUCGAUAGCACGAACGCGUCGUCGAAUCCGUUCGCGAGCACGAACGGUGCUGAUAUUUUAGCGACGCAUCAAAAAGACGCAUUCCUCUUGGAUCUGGACGGUUUUCGGCCGCAUAAUGCCGCGCAUGCGCCUUCUAACGAAGGUUUCUUUGCUCCAUCUAACGGCAAAAACGACUUUGACGAAGACCUGGACGAUCUGGGUCCUGAAACAGAUGUAGAUGCUGUUGAUGAAGUACAGUCGCCUGUAAAACUCAUUGCAGGAAUGAGCGAGGAACUAGAGGAGAAGGUUACGAAGGAAAUCGACGCUAAUCUAUUGAAAAGCGUCGUUGAAAACUGUACUGAUUCCAAUCUGGAGCACGAUGAAGAUGAUGAACAUGAUGAACUGGCGGGCGUUGAGCGGAAGGAGGAAACUCCCACGCCACCCGCAGAUGAUGUGCACGAUGCCGGUUUAGAUAGCGACUCGGAGGACGACGAAUGGAACUACAUUAAAACGGCUAGGGAGGACGACAAAGAAAACCUACCACCAGCCAGCGAAGAACACAGCGAGCCACCGGUCGAAACACAAACCGAAAGUGCUCCGACAGUUGACGAAAGCGAAGAAAUCGAUAACAUGUCACAACUGAAUCCGAACGCCGAGGAAUUUGUGCCGGUGUCACCUACGCGCAUGGAGCAGCGUGGCACAGAUUGGACGGCGCUGAAAGACGAACCGAUCCUGGCGCAGUCGCCGCGCCGGGUGGCCGCGAAUUGCGACUUCAACGUGCCCGAGGAAAACGACUUCGUCGAAGAGGCGAAUAAUCGACCUAGUGGCGCCUACAGCAAUGGACAUGAAAAUGGCCACAAACAAUCUUCCCAGGAAAUGUUGGAAAAUCUCCUGAAUGGCAAGAACAUCGAUGAGAUUGAGUUCCAGCCAACCGGCUCUCCGUCGAAGGUGACAGUUGGCGCCGCUGAGCAAUUCAUCUUCGGGCCAAACUCUGCCGCGUUCUCGACACCAAACAAAUUCAUGGACCAAUCGCGCUCGUCUACGAAAGCCAACUACGGCGAUGAUUCGGCGAUUGACGAAUCGGAAGCGGAUUUACUCGAUCGCCUAAACAAGGAGAAGGAUCCAAUGUCUAUGUCUUUCUAUCAGGAUAAGGAUGAUGGUGAAACGCCGUUUGAUGUCGACAAGGAAGAGAAGUAUACCGAUGAGAAGGAACAAGAAGAACCUCUCGCGAAGACAUUUGAUGAUUCUAUCUCUUCGUUGCCCGAGCAUAAUCCGCUUGAGAAUGCGGAACCAAUAACUACCGAUUUAGAUCACAAGGAAGAUGAAGAUUUUGGUGUUUGUAAGUUACCCACAUCACCAUUACCGGCUGCUCCGGCUCCUGUUGAGAACCUCUGUGAUUUGUCACCAGAAGAGCCGGCACAUGUUGAGCCUGUCGUUGAGAAUACUUCCAGCCCUCUUUUGGAACUCGAUGAGAGUACACAACCAGAUGUGCUUGAUGAUGUGGAGCGAAGGUUUGACACUGACGAUGAAAUCAUUGAACGGCCACAGGAGCCAUUGAUGGAAGUUGGGCCAAAAUCGCCCGUUGCUGAUGUUAUCGCCGAAGAACCCGAAGUUGAGGACUUUGCUCCUAGCGUCGAUGAUCACUUCGGUGCUGAUCUGAUGGAACCAGUUGCGCAUCCUGAACCGGUUGUUUGCUACGCGUCUAGGGAAGCCGAAUUACAUCAUCAGGAAGCCGCCGAAGAAAUUUCUGAAUCUUCGGACAAUCAACAGCAAGAAUUCAUUCCGGAAACAUCUUUGGAAAUUGCCCAAUCACCAGAACCAGUGGUUUUGGACUUUACGCCAGACCAGGAAUCACUUCCACCAAUGUCUCCCCAGGGCAUUCAUACGUAUGCUGUUGAUAGAAUGCCAGAACCCGAACCUAUUUGCCGACUUCCAGCACCUGAAGAGCUAGAAAUUCGUCCUCAUCCGGAACCUGUGUUGACUCAAGAAGUUCUUACACCAGAAUUCAUCCCGAUUGUUGAGCCUGUUGUAGAAACACAAUUGAUAUCACCAGUCUCUGAACAAGAUCCAGUCAAUGACUCUUUUGAGAAACACGUUGAAGAACUAAUGGAGUCUGAAACACCCAAAAUUGUAGAGCCGGUGUUAAAGAUGACUGAAGACAUCCUUACUCCAGUAGAAGAUAUCGUCCCAUCUGAAGUUGCGGAUGUGAUGUCACCAGUGGACGAUGUUACUUCAUCGAUCAAAGAUGAUUCCCCGGUAGAAGAGGCCAAGGAAAUCAAACAUGAACUUAUCACAAAUUUGGAAUCCCCGAUUGAAAUUGUGGAAUCACCCAUUCGUGAAACAGAAGUUAUCACAAUCGAGUCAUCACCAGAGGUCGUACAAGAAAAGGAAGAGGUCUGCGAGCUUCCAAAAGAAACUGCUUCCGCACCUGAGGUGGCCGCCAUUGUUGCGGCGGCUGCGGUGACAACAGUGACGGUCGGCGCUGGUGUCAUAGCCGAAGCUGCUGAUACGAAGAAACCGGCGGCAAAAACCAAAACCGGCACAUCCGCACCAAUUAAGAAGUCGACGACCGCGACGAAAACCACGACCAAACCAUUGGCUUCCACGAAAUCGACGACUGCCCGACCGGCACCCGCUAAGACAGCGCCUGCUUCCAAACCAGUGCCGCCGAGGACGACCACAACGCGAUCGGUGACCAGCACCACAACAGCAGCCAAAUCGCCGGCUGCUAAACCGCGCGUGCCUUUAGCAGCCGCAUCAAGGCCCGCUGCCGACAAGAAACCAUUAACAAAUGGCGACGCCAAGGCGGCUGCCCCAGCGCCGAAAGUUCCACCAAUCAAGAGACCACAGGUGCCUUCGACGGCCAGAACCACAACCGCACCGAAACCGGCAGGCGUGACCACAGCCGCAAAGCCGGCGGCGGCCACCACAAAGUCUGCCACCUCCACGCUGAAACCCGCCACGAAACCGUCGACCACCACAACCGCUGCACCCAGGCCGAAACCGACUUCACUAUCGUCUGCAAGAAUUACCACUACAUCAAAAACAACCACAUCCAGACCUCUGAGCAGUUCUGCUACGUCAACUACAACCAGAACCAUCACACAGAAGACAACGACCACCACAACGGCACCGAGACCGAAACCAGCUUCCGCUCCUGUGAGCAAACCUAGAGUACCACUUUCCGCCAGAACCACCACCACCACUACAAGAGCGCCGGAUGCCGAGAAGCAAAAUAAAGAGAACGUUAAUAAACUGACGGCAAGUCGCACAGCUGCUGCCACGAGGACGGCAGCUACACGCAAGUCGGAUGCUACUAAAUCGACAUCUGCGACGAAAUCAAGUACAUUGAACAAAGCGCCAAUCACCAAAAGCCACUGGCGAAGAACACAAACAGCUCCGUAGUGAACAAAUCGAAAGAAGAAAAAGAAAAAUCGUGCCAAACGGAGUGUCCGAGGAGAAGGAGAAGGAAGUGUCGUCUAUCAACGAGGCAGAUCACCUGCUGAAAGACCUCUCGCCGGUAAACAACUUGAUACUAGACAAUUCACAACUCGCGGAAGCCACGGCGGACUGAAUGUUUGUGACGGAUCAAUAAACGUAUGCAACACGCCAAUAUUACUCUUAUAAUAUCCGCAACUUUUUUAUAUAUGACGUAAUACUCUAUGCUCUUUUUAACACAAAACACUACGUUACUAGUAUUGGGUGUGUCGUAGGUAGGCAGAGAGGUAGAGACAGAUGAAAUGUGGGUAGCUGGGCAGAAUGCGUUCAUGUACUGAUUACAAGGAUAGAUUGCAAAGGGUGCGCGCGCCUGCGCCCCCCCCCCGUAUCGUACGAGUUUUAUUUUAUCAUAAAUAAAGUUUUAAACAUGGAUUAUAAGUUAAUGGCUUAACGACUAUUUUUUAUUAUUAUCGCUUAGGUGUGCUGAAUAAUUGUGAUUGCUAUGCACUCUGUAUAUAAGUUCAAAGUUUUAAAAUGAAUAUUAAUAUUGAUAAAUGAUAUGUUACUUAAUGCAGAAUUUUUAUCUACUUAAAUUUUAAAUAAGUUACGAGGCGAAAUUAUUCACACGACGAUGAUGUGCGAGACAGAAAAGCGAUUGGCACUUCUGCAAUAUACUAUUUUUCACAUAUUUACAAUUAGCCGCUUGUAUCCCAGCAUUCUACUUCUUGGAGGAUCAUUUGUAACGAUAAAAUGCGCGCCAGGUGGACGUGGUGGACGAUCAUAAGUUUGAUACAUUUUUGUUACUUGAAAGUUAUUUUUAUAUGUUUUCAUUGCUGAACAAUUUUUAUAGUAUUUCUUGUUUGUCUUUUUUAUUUAUUGUGUAAAAUUGUAGUUUCUAGCACUAUGAAAUAUAAUAUUUAAAUCACCAAA